ACAGUAGAGUUGAGACCACGAAACGUACAUCGAAUCCAACCAGUUCACCACGAAGAAUGAAACGGUGACGACGUUUCACACCAGCGUUCUUAACGCCAAUGUACUUAUUACGUGUUAUUUUCAUUUCGAGUGAAGUUUCAUUCAUAAACGUUCUGAUUAAACGGAACUUAAUCAAUUAAUUCUAGUGAUACACAUUUUUGAAUCAUGAGGAACAAUAUUUUAGUAUUCUGCUUGUAUACGUUGGUGUUUAUGAGUUGUCGGGAAGUGUUUGGAAAUUUUAAUGCGGCAAAUGAUUGCGAAGAUACUGAAUGUGGGAGUAAUGAUAAGAACAGUGAUGAACCAAUUUACGAAGUUAUCACGGUGAUUCCAAAACCAGUGGAACUACCAGAAUCUCUUAGUAUGGUUUCCGAGGAAGAUGCACACGUCUUCGAACCCACUGUGGUUAGUACGAUCGCGGAAGAACCUAAAGGAAGAUCGUUAAAUUUUACUUUAGAUGAACAUUCCCACAAUAAUGAUUUAACAAAAAAUAACAACACAAAAGUUGAGACUAACAAUAAGAAGAAAGUCAUCGAUUUAAGUGAUGUUGAUAUGGAUAAUGAUUAUGAUACAGUUUUGGAUGGAGAUAAUGUUGAUGAUGAUACGAAAGGAUUAAAAAUGAAUCAAGGAUCGAAAAGGGUUUGUGAAAAAGGUGGAUUAACGUAUGAAAAUGGUGAAAAAUUGGAGGUUGGUUGUGAUUCGAUUUGUACCUGUACAAAUGGAAAAAUGGAUUGCAUAGAUCGAUGUUCAACUCCUUAUUUUAAAAAAGGCAAAAAGAUUGAGGAUCCUCUUUGUGUUGAACAACCAGCACCGGAUGAUAAUUGUUGCUCCAUGUUAUCUUGUUCAGAUACAGCUACCGAAGCAAUCGAAUUUUGUUCAUAUAAUAAUAAAACUUACAAUCGUGGAGAGACUGUACGAAAUGAUUGCGAAAAAGUAUGUCAUUGUGCAAUGGGUGGGAAGAUUACCUGUAAAGAUAGCUGUGAAUCGCCGAAGAAGAUCUCGAAAAAGUGCUUUCUAGUUCCCGAUCCGGAUAAUACUUGUUGUAAAAAAGUUUUAUGCGAUGUGAACCACACAAAAGGAAAAAUAAUCUCAGCAAAAUUCAUAAAUAAAACAACAAUUAAAGUUGAUUUUGAUACAGACUCAGACGAAAUGCGCCCUCUCAUCGAUUUAAGCAACGAUAAAAUCAACUGGAAAACGUUUACUUUACUUCCCGGAGAUUAUCUUCACGGAAUCGAAGACAAAGUUAAUUUUAUCCGCAUCGAAAAUGAGGAUGAUAUCAUGGAUAUUGAAGGAAGUACGAAAUCAGCGCCUUUAACACAAAAUAAUUGCACUUUUAAUGGAAAAAAUUACAAAAUAGGACAAGAAUUUAACGAUGGUUGUAAAUCGAUUUGUGUUUGUAAAACAACGGGCGUUAAAUGUUUAAAAUUAGAAUGUCCAACUUAUUUCGGAACUGACAUUAUUGACCCAAAUUGUAUCGAAUGGGAAACUGUUCCAGCUGAUUUUAAACCGAUCCCACCUAAAUGUUGUCCCGAUCAACUCAAAUGCAAAUAUAACGGGUCUUGCAUGUAUGAUGGACGAACCUACGAUAACCACCAAGAAAUACCGACCAAUUUAACAGGUUGCGAAAAGCGGUGUUAUUGCGAAAUGGGCGAAGUUGAAUGCCAAAACGUUUGUGCCCCCGUUCCGCCAACACCACCAAGAAAUUUACCGUGUCCACCAUCUCACGCCACUUUAAAACAUCGACCUGGAGAUGAUUGUUGUUUGGAGUGGAUGUGUCAAAAAUUGGAUUUACCACCAGAGAAAACAACCACGUCGACGGAGAAAUCGGUAAAAUCGAAAAAACCUUUAGACACCAAAGAUACGACUGACAGUUUUGAUCCCGCUUUCGAUCCUUUCCCCACGCACAAACCGCCUUCGAAAACUCAAGGUCCCCUACAGAUUUAUGAAAACGGCGUGCAGCCGUUAAAACCCAACAUUUCUUUGGAUGAGAACAUUUAUUACGUUAACGGAAAAAAUAAAACGGGAAAAUAUAAGCCAGGAAAAGAACAGAAAGAAACAUCAUCCAACCAAAGAUUAAAUCCUAAAGACCAUAAACCCCCUCCUAACAAAGAAACUAAUUCAUCAAAUAAAGAAGAGGAAAAUAUCGAUGAAAAUUAUAUUCCUCAAUACCCCGUUAAUAAUUAUAAUAAAAUGAAUCAGCCCCCUCCUAACACGGUUCAUAUUCAUGCGCAACAUGGGACACCCGAUGAGUUUCUUCAACUUAUUCACCAAAAUCCCGAGAUUACAAAUUAUCCUUCUGGAACUGUAUUAGAAGUUCAUAACGUUCAAAACCCAUUAAAUAAACAAUACGUUAAUCCAAAUACAAUACACGAUAACCCUUUCUAUUUAUUAAAUAAUCACCAACAAGGACCCCAAAAUAACAUUCCCAUCGAGCAAGGACAACCAAAUAGCAUUCCCAUUGAGCACUUCCUCCAACAAAUCAAUAGCCACAAACAAUUCCAAAAGUUCGCACAAAAUUAUCCCCCACAAAACGGACCUUUAUACGUACCACAGCCAAAUAUAUUUUCCGGACAACCACAAAGAAACGCUUCUUCGUCACCAGGUCUUAGUUUUUCACCGACGUUUCCACAAAUACCCGCAUUUCCACCUCAGCAACAUCAAGAGAUUCUUAUUCAACAUUUAGAAGCAAUCGAUCCUCAUACUGUUAAAUUAUCCAUCGAAAUUCCUACUAUUUUUGUUGGAUUUCUUGGAACUGUUGAAGUUAGAUAUACAAACACACGAUCAAAAAAUGUGAACGAGUGGAAAUCGGAAACUUUUGCACCACCAAACGAUAUAUUAGCAACCUCACAAUUAGAAUUUGAACUUUCCGAAUUAAUUCCAGAUCAAUCGUACCAAAUAAAAGUCUCCGUAACGUUUAAUGAUGUCCACAAUGUUCUAACAAGCAAAAUUUAUCAAAUUAAAACCCCCAAACUGCUACCUUCAAUGAUUCCAAUCGAACCUGAUUUAAACGUUUCUGAAGUGAAUUCAACUUGGGCUGUGGUUUCAUGGAGAAAAUUCGCGGAUAACGAACUCCAAUUUAUAGACGGGGUACAAUUAAGAUAUAAAGUAACCGAUGGAAAAAUUUUUGAUGCCACAACUUUGAUUCAUAGAGCCGUUACAAGUUAUACUUUAGAAAAUUUAAGGCCUGAAACAACUUACGAAGUUGGAAUUUAUUUCAUUCCAUUUACCAACCAAAAAACCGAAUUGAGAUCGGACCACAUGAUCUCGUUCACAACCGGAAGUGAAAUGGACGCGUACGGUUUUAACGUUUCCUUAGAAAUUCUCCAAGUUAAACCGACGAGCGUGGAAAUUUCAUGGAAAGGAGUUCCAUACCCCGAAGAUAAAUAUGUUAAUAUUUACCGAGCGAUUUAUCAAAGUGAUUCGGGUAAAGGUGAUUAUAGCACGUUUAAAAUGGCCAAACGAGAUUCCCCUUCGAAAACGGUUAUUAUGGAUCUAAAACCGGGUACGCGAUACAGAUUAUGGCUUGAAGUUUAUUUGACAAGUGGAAGGAUAAAAACCAGUAAUGUUCAAGAUUUUAUCACGAAACCGGGAUCAGCACCUACUUUGGGAGCUUCAUCUAUAGAUAAGUUAUCAGGAAAUCUUUCUGAAGAAAGAGGCGAUUAUUAUGGAUCGUUAGUUUUCGUUGCGAUUUUAGCAACUAUCGCUAUAUUAAGUACUUUGGUACUUUUAUUAAUAUUGAUCAGGCGGCACAGUACUAAUAAAGCAUCUAUUACACCACCACCAAGAGUUACUCAGGCUGCUUAUGACAAUCCUACUUAUAAAGUAGAGAUUCAACAGGAAACGAUGGGGUUAUAAAAAGUCUGGAGUAAAUUAAGAA